CGGCCGCCGCCGCCUGCUGCUUGCUGCAAGUGGACAGCCGGCACCUGGACGCGUCCGCCCGAGGCGCGGGCCUGGACAACGGCAAUUUCCUAGACAAUGACCAGUGGCUGAGCACCGUCUCCCAGUACGACAGGGACAAGUACUGGAACCGCUUCCGAGACGAAGUUGAGGAUGACUAUUUCAGAAACUGGAAUCCCAACAAGCCCUUUGACCAAGCCCUGGAUCCAUCCAAGGACCCCUGCCUGAAGGUGAAAUGCAGCCCUCACAAAGUGUGUGUGACCCAGGACUACCAGACAGCUCUCUGUGUCAGCCGCAAGCACCUGCUGCCCAGGCAAAAGAAGGGGAAUGUAGCCCACAAGCAUUGGGUUGGACCUUCAAAUAUGGUCAAGUGCAAGCCAUGCCCUGUGGCGCAGUCAGCCAUGGUCUGCGGCUCGGAUGGCCACACCUACACAUCCAAGUGCAAGUUGGAGUUUCAUGCUUGCUCUACUGGCAAAAGCCUCACCAUUCUCUGUGAUGGGCCCUGUCCUUGUAUCCCGGAACCUGAGCCACCAAGACGCAAGGCAGAAAAGAACGCCUGCACGGACAAGGAGCUGAGGAACCUUGCUUCCCGGCUGAAAGACUGGUUUGGAGCUCUUCAUGAGGAUGCAAACAGGGUCAUCAAACCUACCAGCCCUGACACCGCCCAAGGCAGAUUUGACACCAGCAUCCUGCCCAUCUGCAAGGACUCCCUGGGCUGGAUGUUCAACAAGUUGGACAUGAAUUACGACCUUCUGCUGGACCACUCAGAGAUCAAUGCCAUCUACCUGGAUAAAUACGAGCCAUGCAUCAAGCCUCUCUUCAACUCUUGUGACUCCUUCAAGGAUGGCAAGCUCUCUAACAAUGAGUGGUGCUACUGCUUCCAGAAGCCUGGAGGUCUCCCUUGCCAGAAUGAAAUGAACAGAAUUCAAAAGCUGAGCAAGGGGAAAAGCCUGUUGGGGGCAUUCAUACCACGGUGUAAUGAAGAGGGCUAUUACAAAGCCACGCAGUGCCACGGCAGCACAGGGCAGUGCUGGUGUGUGGAUAAAUAUGGGAACGAGCUGGCUGGCUCCAGGAAACAGGGUGCUGUGAGCUGUGAAGAGGAGCAGGAAACCUCAGGGGAUUUUGGCAGUGGUGGCUCCGUGGUCCUGCUGGAUGACCUGGAGGAUGAACAGGAGCUGGGACCAAAGGACAAAGAGGGGAAGCUGAGGGUGCACACUCGGUCUGUGACAGAGGAUGAUGAGGACGAGGAUGACGACAAAGAAGAUGAGGUCGGGUACAUAUGGUAGUGGCCACAAGGAAGAGGACAUACAUUUUGCACACAAUUGCAAGUCACUUCCUGUUCCUACAUUUGUAUCUAAGACUCCAAGGCAUCAACGUCUCUUCUCCACUGUUGCUCUCUGUACCCAACUGAAGUUUUGGAAGACAGCUGCUUGUCCCAGAGUAUUCUGAUUUUGCAUAUGAUUGUGUGGGAGAAAGGGUGUUGUUUUGGGUUAUUUUAUUUUAUGUUUUUGGACAACAGAAUGGCUGGUUUAAAUAGAACCUCCUUCCUGUAAGAUUUUUGCAACAAGCAUGUGAUUUGUGUGGAAUCCAGCAGUGCAGGGAGCCCCCACUCUUGUAAACGUCAAAGACCCUUUUUGAUUACCCACAUUGGUGGUUCUUACAGCAUGGUUCCCAGCCUUACAGUGUCUAAGUGCUUUUCUUGUGUCCUAUAGAUGUCGUGGAAAACACACCACACUGUUCCUUUUCUUUCCACCCCAACCACCCCUGGUUUUUAUAAUUAAAAAUUAAUUUUAUAUCACUAUAUCUGGCUUCCUACAAAUAACAGCCUUAAUUCAGUCCCUUUGGGGAAUUCAUUUAUUAAAAAUCACAUCUGGAUGCUUCUGUCUGCACACACAUAAGUAUGUACACAUGUACAACAGAAAUUGUGUGUGCAGGCCUUGCACACACACUUUGCAAAAAAAAAUGUCUCACUAUCUAUUAAAAAUUCAUUUGAAAAACGUUUUUUAAUUUAUCAGCUUGUCUAGACCUGGAACAAAAUUUCUGGAAUAAGAAAUUAGUUUGAAAGCCCCAUUUUGCACUAACAGCAUUUGUAGCCUGCAGGCCGAGGAGGUUUCUUCUCUGUGCAUUAGCAGAGUUACUGGAAGCUUCUUUGAUUUGGAUAAGCCUCCGUUUGCCUAAAUCGUUUCUUCCUGCAGAAGCCAUGUGACUCUCACUGGGGCAGCUUCACAAGCCAUUGCUCUCAUUUCAGCUCAAAGCCCCACAGGCUGCAGCAGCCCUGUCUGCGCAGGGUCCCCCCUUCCCUCCCUACUCAAGGGCUUUUUGUAACACAUGCAUGUGCCCAGGGGGUUCUCUGAGAAGACAGUACCACGGUAUUCCUUAGAAUACAACUUAGGGUUCUUAGUUCAAUGUUUUGCUUUUGGUUACUUUUUACCCACAAAUUAUGAUAAGGCUACAAAAGAUGUGUAGCUUUUAAAAGAAAAUCCACAUUUUACAAAAAAUCAUAAAUGGAGGCCUAGAAAGAACUUCACAGUAGCAUAUGGAAGCUAGGUUUGGGUUUUCAAGAGUGAGCCUGCCAGCCCCCAUACAUACACAAAAGUCUUGAGAUAUUACUGAAAAAAAGGCUUUUCACCACAAUAUUUCUUUUCCCAAAACUCAUUAUUGAAUUCUAGUUCCAAAUCUGGUAGAGUCAUCUUCACAUUCUUUAGAAUUCUCUCAUCCAAGUACCAAAGAGUAGUCUUCACAAUGGCCCCAUUCAGUUCUGUACUGGUCUGUAAACUCCUACCCUGUUUGUUUACUAUCCCAAUCAGCCACCCAAACCCCAGCUCUCUAGGCCACAUAUCUCUCAAAUCUCUCUCUGGCUUCCCCCAUGAGCUUUAUCCAGUCCACAAGACAAGCACAUCAACUCAGGCACACACCCCCCAAAAAUUAUAUAUAAAGAUAUUUUUUUUCCCAAACAAGCCAUGAUCCCUGUGGCAGCUGACUAACCCCCACAUCAAACUGACCAUUUAUAUGCAGUAACCCACCUUAAGCUAGCAUCCUCUGAUACUUGCAUAAGCUGGAUAAAGUGGCAUUAUCCCUAAGGUUGGUCUCAGAUGGGAAAUGAAUAUACCUGGUGUCGCUAAUUCCUUUUUCCUGAUAGAUAAUGUAUGUACCGUCCCUAUAUGGAGGCCAUAGGCAAGCUCUGUAUGGGGAUCUCAACCCCAUCGCCUUAGUUUCCAUAUUUUCCCCUACUCAAAUACAGCUCUGCAGUGAUUCAGAAAACAUGUGUUUAAUUGCUGCUAAAUUACAAUAGAGAACAUAAAAAUCAAAACUUCUUUAAAAAUCUCAGUUUAUACCAUCAAAGAAAAAUAUUGUUACUGUGUCCUCUGAGUUUAGAAAAAUGCACAAGAGAACAAAUUAAAAUCGACAAAUUGAUUUCGCUUAGAGAAGCUUCUAGGAACCAAGUGAACCAUGGAUUUUAAUUUGCCUAAUUAUCUUAUGACGAGUGUCAAAUUAAGAUGACACUUAAAGAUCCUUAGCAUUAACUUAAUGAUGGAGAAGAGUGCUCAAUAGGCAAUUCCCAGGAAGGUAAUGAGAUGCCAUUUUCAGAGAUUUUUCCAAGAAGAUGUUUUGAUUCAUUAAAAUAUUAAACCAAAAACCCUCCUAAGCCUGGAACCCAGAAUCAACGGAACAACAUUAAUAUUGCUUUCGUGCCUCACAUUGGCAUAGCAGCAUUAGGCCUUCUAAGAUGUUUAGUACUUUCCACUAGUACUUAGGAUUAGAUUGAAUUACCUUAUCCUUUGAUGUAGAAUUUUUGUUUUCUUGUUUCUGGAAGGGGCCUUUUAGUUACAGUGACCAAGUAUACAUAAGAUAUUGACUUUUUUAAAGAAACAAAAUAGUCUUGUAAUAAUCCAAUCCUUUGUUUGAGACAAGUAUUGGAUUCAAUCCUAACGAUUUUAGAAAUUCUUUAGUGAAGAGUUUCUUUUCCUGUAACUCGUUCUUUAAUAUCAUUACUGUGGCAUCCAAGUUAAAUCCAAGGAUUUUCUUUCACCAUGGUUAUUUGUCUGCCAUAUGAAUGUCUACAGAUGUUCUAGGCAUGGGAAUACCUUACUACUGAAUUUGAGGUUGUAUGCCAGUUUGUCCUUCUUUAUGCCUAUUUCCCUAUGCAUAGCAGCAAAUGAUGUAUCUGUCCAGGUCUGCCCUCUGCUCCCCCAGGAUUCCAUUCCCAUUUGGUUUUGGUUUACCUUGACCACACUGUAUAGUAAUAUCCAACAGCCCUUUCUACAGUGGGUGGUUUCAGUCUUUUUAUACCGUUUUCUCAAAGUCACUGAUGUAUGUCCCUGUUCACUGUGUAGCCUUGUAAUGAGAGCCCAUCAAAUCCAGGGUGUCAGUUUGUUGUCCCUAUUGUAGAUGAAAUAGUGAUGUAGAAAAACUAGUAUUCUGAAUGCUUUUCCAUGUAGACUUACCUGGAAUGUGAACACAACUCUUUGGUUAAUAGCAAAUGCUUAACUGUAGUCCUGAGUAGAUGCAUUUCUGUCUGUCUCAAUAAAUUUUACUUUAUCUGCAA